AUGUCCAGGCUGAAGGAGGCCGGCGGCUGUCCGGACGGGUACCGGGCUCUGAGCGCGAGCGAGCUGCGCGAGCUCCUUCAGAGCGACGACAAAAUGGACCAAAUCAUUCGACUCAAUGACAAGUUUCAGGAUCUUCAACUGGACCGAGAGACGCUGCUGACCACCAACCGGAGCUUAGCCGAAGAGAGCCUGGCCCGACAACCCCGCCUUAAUAACGGCAAACUCCAGUUGGCAGAGAAAUACAGGGAACUGUCCAACCUGGUGACCACAUGCUGGGAAAAACAGAGUCAGCUG